UUCAAAAUGGAGCCUCCCCAGAAAAGAAUUUACAAGCUUGCUGUCAUGGGAGGAGGAGGAGUUGGAAAAUCCUGUUUAACCACCAGAAUGCUUCACAAUAAAUAUAUGGAGACGUAUGAUCCAACUAUAGAGGAUUUCUACUAUAAAGAGAACUUUAUGGUUGAUGGUGAACCUACAAAUAUGGAAAUACUGGAUACAGCUGGACAAGAUAAUGUGAUCGGGACCCGGGAUCAGUAUUAUAAGAAUGCCGAGGGAUUCCUCUUCGUGUACUCUGUAUCAGACAGUUUAAGUAUGAAGGAUGUAGAGGAUAGAAUACAAGGAAUGAAAACAGCCAGGGGUAUACCAGACAAUACUGAGUUACCACCAACAAUAAUAAUUGGAAAUAAAUGUGAUCUCCCAACUGCUGACGAUCAAUCCAAAGGUGAAGUAAGAAAGGUUUCACGAAGUGAUGGAGAGGAGCUCGCCAGAAACUAUGGAGUAUUUUUCGAAGAAACAUCUGCCAAAGCAGAUAUCAACGUGAAAAAGGUUUUCGAGGAUAUUGUCCGAGAACUGAAAGAUCAAGAAAGAAAAAUAUUGUUCAAACCAAAAAAGAAAUCCAAAAAAAGAUGCACAAUUUGUUGACAUAAACCCAGCCAACAAGCUUUAUUAUUAAUUUACAAACAUUGUAAUAGUUUUUUGGAAAUACACUUUAAAAUUAUU